UCUCCAUCCGCAGGCAGUAGGUCUCCUCCCCCGGCAUCUACUCUUUGCUUGCUUGUUGGCGUGUUCGUCUCACCACCAGCAGACACCACCGGGAGUUUUCCAGCUCACUUUUUCAGAUUUUAGGGGCCUGGUUGCUCCCCUCCCCCCUCCCCCACCCCAGGCUCUUAGGAAAGAGCCUGCCCUACACUUGGGCUCCUAGCAUCGCCUGCCUUUGCUGGAACUGCAAGUGAUUUUCAGUGAAUCGGCUCAUGAAGAGGAACCUGGCUGGCCUGCGCUGAGACGAGAAUGGCAGCUCCUUCUGGGCACAGCUUCUUUCUGAUCGGUGCGCUGGGCGUCUUUGCACUCAACUGCUUCACCAGGGCUCAGAGGAACGGCACGCUCAUUUUCACCAAGGAAAACACCAUUCGGAAGUGCAGCUGCUCAGCAGACAUCCGAGACUGUGACUACAGUUUGGCCAACCUGAUGUGCAGCUGUAAAACCGUGCUGCCUCUUGCCGUUGAGCAAACGAGCUAUAGUGACCGUCUGACCAUCUGGUUCACAGACACGUCUGCGCUGGGGCUCCUGCUGAACUUCACGCUUGUCCGGGACCUGAAGCUUUCCCUGUGCAGUACCAACAUUCUCCCCACUGAAUACCUGGCUAUUUGCGGUCUGAAGAGGCUUCGGGUCAGCACGGAGGCCAAGCAUCCCUCCCCUGAACAGAGUUUACUCAUCCACGACGGUGGGGAGAGUGAAUCCAGAGAGAAGCCCACAUUCCAGCGAGGCUGGCAAACCUGUAUGUAUCUCUCCUUCUUAGAUAUGGCACUCUUCAACAGGGAGUCCGCCUUAAAAUCAUACAGUGUUGCGAACUCUGCCAGCAUGGCCAACAACUUCCCCUGCUUUUCCCACCUUAAAACCUUCCCAGUUCUAAACAACAAAAGCUACGUCGUCACCUUCAUUUACUAACAUCGUAGCCGUGCCCGGUCCUCCGGGGACUUCGGCAUCUGCUGGAUGAUCUCAACAAGGGAUCUGUGAACAAGGUCAUGGGUAUUCCUAGCCUCAACUUCACUUCUCCUCCAGCCUCCUUUCACACAGAGCCAGCCCUCUGCUCCACCCAUGCCUGGCCAUAGGAAAACAAAAUAAAAACAAGCAAAAAACCUACUUGAUUCAGUCUAGAAGCAUAUGCUGGGGGCCAGCUAGAGGCUAGGUUUUUGCUACUAAGGGAGGGUAGGGAAAUGUCAGAUCAGUGCACCCCAAGGACUGCUUAGUGGACCUCAGCAGAGGGGAUGAACCCUAAAGAAAGGCGUCUUCCAGGUUUCCCCUGGAUACUAUAGAUAGUACCCAUUUUUUAAAAUUAAACCAAUUUUUGAAAAUGGCAAUUAUGGUGAUGCAGUGGUUGACACUUGCCUUUCAAUGCAGGGGAUGCCAGUUCGAUCCCUGGUCAGGGAACUAAGAUCCCACAUGCCUC